AUGGCGCUUCUUCGGGGACUAACUUUGUUUCUACUGGGAGUCAGGGUGUCUUCCUUGGUACCAUCGAACAGUGCACAGAACAAUGAAUUUAACUCUAUUCUCAUAGCAGCUCCAGAUGGAUCUGCACGAGCAGCUUUCAUUCCCUUUGGUGCUAUUGCCACUAAUUUCUGGGUCAAGGACAAACAUGGUGUCUUCCGAGACAUCCUACUUGGAUUCGAUGACCAUACGUUAUAUCAAAGCGAUGCAGAAGGACACCCCUACUUUGGUCCAAUUGUUGGAAGAUAUGCGAAUAGGAUCAGAAAUGGCACAUUCACUAUUCCUAUAAGCAAAGAUGCAUCUGGCCCCAACAAGUUUUUUGUACCGAGGAACGAAGGCAAUAAUACACUGCAUGGAGGUUUCGAUGGGUUUGAUCGUCGUGUUUGGCAGACAACCAAAGUCUCUUCCAGCUCCGUGACCUUCACCCUUGUUGACCCUGCAGGUACUCAAGGUUUCCCUGGAACGGUCCUGACAACAGUGACGUACACUUUGGAACCAAAAUCGACGUGGAACAUCAAGAUCCAUGCAGUUGCUUCUGCUAAGACACCCAUAAUGCUGAGUGGACACCAUUACUGGAAUUUUGAGGCCUAUCAGGAAUCCCAGGACCUAGUCGGGCAUUUUGUCCAGUUCGAAUCUUCAAAAUUUGUAGCGACAGAUGGUCAAUUGAUACCAACAGGAAAACUGACCCCUGUAGCUGGUACACCUAUGGAUUUCAGGAAAGCAAAAUCGAUUGGCGCUAGCAUUCCUCUUACCGCUCAAGCCCAAUUUUGUGGAAGUGGUUGUGUCGGAUUUGACAAUUGUUGGGUUUUCGAUACAGUCGAUCAAACCAAGAAGCCAAAAUUUUCUAUGUGGAGUGUUAAUUCUGGUAUCAAACUUGACAUCUUCACAAAUCAACCUGCUGUUCAGGUGUACACUUGCAAUGGCAUCUUCAAUGCAUCGCUACCCAUCCCCAGAAAAGCGACACAAGGAGGUCCUAAUAACAUCUAUGCUGACCACUCCUGUGUCGUCAUUGAAAAUGAAAGUUUGAUUGACGCUAUCAACAACCCAGAGCUUGGGGUUGAUCAAAUAUUCGGGCCAGGUAGACCCUACGAUUGGGAGUCAACCUACGUUUUCUCCACAAUACAAGAUUGA